ACCCGGACACAGAGAAGUCUGCUUGGCUGCUGUGAGCGGUGUGUGCCGAAGGUUCGGAUGGGUUUGCCGACGCUGGAGUUCAGCGACUCUUUGCUGGACAGUCCCGAGUUCAGAGAGCGGCUGCAGUGCCAUGAAGUGGAGCUUGACCGAACCAACAGGUUUAUCAAAGACCUCAUCAAGGAUGGAAACAUGCUCAUAUCUGCACUCACAAGUCUUUCUCUUGCUGUCCAGCGGUUCUCUCAGUCCCUGCAGGACUUCCAGUUCGAAUGUAUCGGAGAUGCAGAGACUGAUGAUGAAAUCAAUAUAGCUCAGUCUUUAAAAGAGUUCUCUCAGCUCUUGACCACCAUGGAAGAAGAAAGAAAACGACUGAUCCAGAAUGCUGAUGACGUUUUGAUCUCACCGCUCGAGAGGUUUCGUAAGGAACAAAUUGGAGCCGUUAAGGAGGGAAAGAAGCAGUUUGAUAAGGAGACAGAACGAUAUUACUCUCUGCAGGAGAAAUACCUCGGCGUGUCCUCCAGAAAGAAGGAAUCCCAGCUGCUCGAGGCUGACUCACAGAUGAAUAAAGACAGACAGAUUUUUUAUGAUGCCUCCCUUCAAUACGUCUUCAAGAUCCAAGAGGUGCAAGAGAGAAAGAAGUUUGAGUUCGUGGAGCCAUUAUUAGCCUUCCUGCAGGGAUUGUUCACCUUCUACCAUGAAGGCUACGAGCAGGCCAGUGAGUUUGAACCCUACAAGCAGCAGCUCCAGUUCAACCUGCAGAAUGCACGUAACAACUUUGAAAGCACCCGUGCCGAGGUGGAGAGGCUGAUGAAGAGGAUUCGUUCUGCUGAAGAUGACUUCAAAGCCCCCAGCUGCUUCACCAUGGAGGGAUAUCUGUACAUACAGGAGAAACGUCCGUUGGGGAGUGUGUGGACCAGGUACUACUGUACUUAUGAGAAGAGUUCGAAGAUGUUCACCAUGAGCAACACAGAGACCAGACCCGCCAGCAGACAGAACGGUGUGGUGAACGGCAAUCCAGAGAUGUUCAGGCUGCGCUCGUGUGUCCGAAGAAAAACGGAAUCGAUCGACAAACGGUUCUGCUUUGACAUCGAGGUGGUGGAGAGACAUGGCGUGAUCACGCUGCAGGCGCUCUCGGAGGCCAACAGACGGCUGUGGAUGGAGGCGAUGGAUGGAAAAGAACCUAUUUACACUCUUCCUUCUCUGCUCAGUAAAAAAGAGGAGACAUUUCUUAAUGAGGCGGGCUUCAACUUUGUUAAAAAGUGUGUUGAGCUGAUUGAAGCCAGAGGCAUCACCACCCUGGGGCUCUACAGGACGGGAGGAGUGAACUCUAAAGUUCAACGACUGAUGACAAGUGUGUUUGCAUCUGCAGCUCCCUCUGACAUGCAGCUGGAUGCAGAAACCUGGGACAACAAGACCAUAACCAGUGGUCUGAAGGAUUAUUUCAGGUGUCUAGCAGAACCUCUGCUGACCUACAAGCUGCAUAAAGAAUUCAUCAAAGCUGCAAAGUACGAUGACCACAGGCACAGAGUGAGAGCCAUUCACGCUUUCAUCUACAAACUACCAGAAAAAAACAAGACAAUGCUGGACAUCUUGACCAAACACCUCCUCAAAGUGUCCUCUCACAGCGACCAGAACCUGAUGACCGUGUCCAACCUGGGAAUGAUCUUUGGCCCCACGUUGAUGAGGUCCCAGGAGGAGACGGUGGCCGCCAUGAUGAACAUCAAGUUUCAGAACAUUGUGGUGGAGAUCAUCAUCGAAAACCACGACAAGAUGUUCGGCUCAGCCCCAGACCUGUCAGUGCCGUUACCUCCAGCUCCGUCCACUCGGUCCACUCCUCGGAGGAGGAAAGCCAUCUGUCUGUCGUCUGGGAAGAGGAGAGCUCGUCUGUAUCCUCCUGCUCUCUGCCUGGCAGACAACGACAGUGACACGUUCAGUAGCAGCUCCAGCACUCCAAUGGGCAGCCAGGAGUCUUUGUCCUCGCACUCCUCUGAGAAGAACGAACUGGCUCAGACUUCUCCUCCAUCUUCUCCUGCUGCCCAGCCCAGCCCACCCACCACAUCCCCUCCUGCAGCAUCCUCCUGCUCUCCUCCACACGACUCCUCCAAUGAGAAGGAUCAGAGACAUCCUUCAGACAGCCCCCCCUCCCACCUCACAGCCUCUGCUUCCUGGACCUCAGCUCCCCUCUCUGAGCAGACUUCCUUAAUGUCCUCCUCCACAUCCUCUUUACUCUCUGCAGUGGAGAGGUCAUUCAACAGGAACUCAAUAGCCUCCUUGUCUUCUGUGAAAGAGUCAAGAUCUCCAUCCAGAGCGUCUGCGUCCACGGCCUCUAUCCAGAACCUGUCAGCAGAGCGUCCCUCGUGUGUCAGAGAGGGUGGACCGCUCCAGAAAGCAUCCUCAGUUUCAUCUCUGAAGAGCCCUCACUCAGAGGAUCAGAAAAAAACGUCCUCUGUUACCAUCACAAAGAGCAGAGAGACAAACUCCACCUCUGCUCAGCAGCACAGCGCUGCCUCUUCCUCCUCCUCCUCCUCCUCUUCACUGUUUCCUGGCCAGCUCUCUGCAGCAUCCUCCCUCACCUCCCUGCACAUCUCUGAGGAUUAUAAAAGCUGUCACGGAUCGGUGCAAAGUCUCAUGUCACUGGACCAACAGGAGGGAGCGAACUCACAUAAAACACACCUGCGCUGCAGCUCCAACCUGGUCCCCAAACACCCUGCAGCCGCAUCCAGCAACGGUUACUCCCGACCUGCGUCACUAUUAUCAGUCAGACAACCGCAGCGAGAGAGUUCAGUGUUCUCCUCUGCGUUAGACAUCUGCCCCUCAGGAAGAGAAGCUAAAGCUCUGUACUCGUGUGAGGCAGAACACAGCCAUGAGCUGAGUUUCCCACAGGGGGCGCUGUUCAACAAUGUGUGUCCGUCUGUGGAACCGGGCUGGCUUCAGGCAACAUAUAAAGGUAAAACGGGCCUGAUACCUGAAAACUACAUCGUUUACGUCUGACAGACCC